GACUUGACCUCCAGUAUCCAGUGUAGCAAAGCGGACGAGCGAGUCCAGCGCUCUUUAAUUUAUUUAUAUAAAAAUAUUAAAAAAAUAUUGCAUAGAAAAGUUGUUAUUUAUUAAGUUAUGAUAAAGUGUUAAAGUGAACAAAAUGAAGAAUCACAUUGUGUUCAUUGUGUUUGCAGUUUAUUGGACAUGUGUCUUUUCACAGUCAUGUACAACACCACAAGGGGUCGAUAGUAACUGUAUCUCCCUUUACGAGUGCCCUCAAUUACUGUCGGCUUUUGAGCAACGGCCUCUGCCUAGCCCCGUUGUUAACUACUUGCGCAAGUCACAGUGUGGUUUCGAUGGAUAUACUCCUCGUGUGUGCUGCGGACCCUUACCUCAACAGGCCAGCAGGCCGCAACCCACGCCGGCCCCUGUACCAACACGCGCUCCACCUGUUAACCCGGGUGGGGUAGACCCAACUUAUGAUGAAGAUUCAUCACCAGCACCCAGGAAUCAGUGCGGUGUGGACAUGAAUGGAGACCGCAUAUACGGAGGACAAAUCACAGACCUCGACGAGUUUCCAUGGAUGGCGUUGCUUGGAUAUUUGACUCGUACUGGCUCCACUACGUAUCAAUGCGGAGGUGUGUUGAUCAACCAGCGAUAUGUAUUGACUGCCGCUCAUUGUACUAUUGGCGCUGUGGAGAGAGAGGUCGGGAAACUAAUAACAGUGCGACUUGGAGAGUACGACACCCAAAACUCUGUGGACUGCGUGGACGAUGUUUGUGCUGACCCUCCACAAAACAUUCCAAUUGAAGCAGCUUACCCUCAUUCAGGGUACAGUGACGACAACAAGAACAGGAAAGAUGACAUUGCCCUUGUUAGGCUUUCGAGACGAGCUCAGUACACAUAUUAUGUUAAACCUAUAUGUCUGGCCAACAACAACGAGCGGCUAGCUACUGGCAAUGACGUUUUCGUGGCCGGUUGGGGAAAAACCUUGAGCGGCAAGAGCAGCCCAGUUAAGUUGAAGUUGGGUAUGCCAAUUUUCGACAAAAGCGACUGCGCAUCGAAAUACAGGAAUUUAGGAGCAGAAUUGACUGACAAACAGAUAUGCGCUGGUGGAGUAUUCGCCAAAGAUACUUGCAGAGGUGACUCUGGCGGUCCUCUCAUGCAGAGAAGACCAGAGGGAAUCUGGGAGGUCGUAGGCAUAGUAUCCUUUGGCAAUAGGUGUGGACUCGAUGGAUGGCCAGGCGUUUACUCUUCAGUUGCGGGCUAUUCUGACUGGAUUCUAUCUACACUCAGAUCGACCAAUGUGUGAAUAGUGUUAGACAUUUGUUAUUCUUCUUGUGUUGUGUCGUAAGUAGAUUAAUUAAUAGUUGCUCUCUGACACGCGAUAACUCAGUGAUUGUGAUAAUCUUUGACGCUUUCUAUGUUUACAUGUUAGUGUUACGUUCUGUCUACUAGUUUGUUUUGUAAAUAAUUGAACUAAUAUGAACUGAAAUGCUCAAUUACAUCUUUCAUCACUUGUAUUAAAAAACGUUAUUUUUUAUUGU